AUCUUCUCUACAGCUCCUCCUCCUACUUGUUGCUUGUUCAGAUCACCCCCAUUCUAAUAAUCUACAGCCAUGAUCAAUCCGAAAAGGCUCAUCGCAAUGGCAAAGAAGUGGCAGAGAAUUGCUGCUAAUAAGCGCAAGAGGAUUUCAUAUCCAAAAGCUGAAUCUUCAGUGGCUAAUAAAGGCCAUUUUGUUGUGUACACCACUGACAACAAAAGGUUCGUGGUUCCCUUGGAAUAUCUCAGCCAAAACGUCUUCAGGGAGCUCUUGAGAAUGUCUGAGGAGGAGUUUGGAUUGCCUAGCAAUGGACCUAUCACGCUGCCUUGUGAUGGUGUUUUCAUGGAGUAUGUCAUUUCUUUGGUUCAAUGGCGGAUGCCAGUAGAUCUAGAGAAAGCUUUGCUCACUUCUAUGGCAACAUGUCACAGCUCUACAUCAUAUUCUCUUGCUUUAGGACAGUUUUGCCAACAGCAAACACUUAUUUAUGGGUUUUGAAGAGAUUCUUUAUGGAUUUAUGUAUGCCAAAGAAAUUCUUUUUUGUUUCAUAAAUACUUAGUUGUGCCUUUUUA